AUGACUCAUAAGAUCAGUUUGUUGCCUGGUGGCUGCAGUGGAGAGUGUGAGGUUGAAAUGGCUGAACUGAAAGGCCGUGUGGCUCGGCUCGAAAGAGAGAUGUCCUUUCUCAAAGAUAAAUGUCCAUGCUCUACAAACUGUCCAAAUGACUGUGGCGACAAUGGGAAAUGUGAGAAGGGUAAAUGUAUCUGCCACAAAGGAUUCAUGGGUCUAGACUGCAGUAAGUGUGCACAAGGAGCCGAGUGUGGCAAAAAAGCUAGCAAAGGGAGCACCAUCCAGCCAACAGUGGAGACUGUAAUCCUGCAGGUGAAAAAAGGAAAGGACAGCAUGCAGGAGAAAAAUACCAAAGCAGAACAAACACUUUUCCAGAAGAAUGUGUCUGAGACUGACACUACACCUAAAGAAGCCACUAAUGCCAAAGGAGCUGUUGAUAAAACACAAGUGAAAGAAGACACCGCUGCGAAGAAAACAACUACUAAAGCUUCUUCAAAUCCUGAAAACACCAGUCGCCCAACUGUUGACAAAAGUCUCCUGAAACAAGAGGAAAACAAGAAGGAGGUAACCCGAAAAGGCAAAACAACACCCUCAGCCUCAGAAACCAACAUUAAAGACGGGACUGGCAGCAGAACAUUUUCAACGUCUGACCAUCUGAAAGAUGAACCACAAAAUAAUGCAACACAAAGCAAUGUGAAGAAGGUUUCUAAAACUGACACAACCAUCUCCAAGGGCACAGGGACAACCAAAACCAAAACAGACAAGGGCAUUUUGGAGCAGUCCACGAAGGGUGAAAAGAAUGUAUCUCAGUCAUCUGGCCAUAAACCAAAAAAGACAGGUAAAUUAGACACUCUAAUUGUGCAGACUGUGGACAAAAAAACUGACAAGACUGGGAAAGGAACACAAAUAAAUCUGGAUGUAUUGAAUCGAACCAUUGGAGCUGCAUCAGAUAAGACUAAAUCUCAUCAUGACAAAACAACUCACCAUGACUCAGGGAUCAGCAUCAAGAGGACUGGAGGGUCUGGAUUAGGAUCUGUGAAGGCUGUAAAAAUAUCUUCCCACAGCUUCACAGUCACAUGGUUAGCACCCCAAGGGAUGUUUAAGAACUUCACUGUGAUCAGAAGAGAGCCACAGACAGAAGGCGAUGAAGAUGGUUACGAGGACUUUGAGGAGGAAGCUCUUCCAGGACAAAAGCCCUCUGCAGCUAGGAACGCAACUGAAGUCUUAGUACAGAGUGAGCGCACCAACACAACUGCCUCCUCCAGGAAAGCUGAUGGAUCAAAAGUUAAAGCUGACACCAAGAGGAUCUCGAUGGUGGUCCCGGGUAAUGUGCGCUCUGUGGAGUUCAGUAAUUUGCGGGCAAACACGCGCUAUGUCCUGCAUAUAUAUGGUACAGCAGCACAGAGAAGAUCAAAGAUUCACAGAGUAACUGCAACCACAGGUCCUGAGCCAGCCACAGAGAUGGUUUUCGGUAAUGUCACAGAGUCUUCUCUCAAUGUUUCCUGGUCCAAACCAAAGACAACGUUCACAGGCUUCAGGGUCACAUACACCAACAUUUUAACAGGGGAGAACCGCUUGGUGACAGUGGGCUCUAAGCAGUCUUAUGUUGUUCUGUCCAAGCUGUCUGCUGGGUCUUCCUACAUAAUCACUGUAACUACGACACAAGGCCAAUUCCAGAGUGAUCCACUCACAUCCGUCAUCACCACAGUGCCCGCCCCUCCAACGCAUCUUCAAGUUGUCAAUGUGACAGACACCAGAGCUGUGCUGCAGUGGACUCCCAGUCUAGGGAAAGUAGACCGCUUCAUCAUCAGCUACGAGUCCUCUAAGACUCCUAAUGUGACAGUGACCGUGACCUUGUCAGGAAACUCAGUGGAGCACCAGUUGAGAGGCCUGCAGAGAGGCACCCUCUACAGGGUCAAAGUGCUGAGCCAGAAGGACAGUCUGCAGAGUAUAGCCAUCUCAACAACAUUUACUACUGCAAAUGUGGUCAAAGCCAGUGAAGUUGGGGCUCGAAGUGCAGUCAUAGCUUGGAGAGCCACCCCUGCCGUUUAUCACAGCUACAAAGUGCUCUAUCAGGUGGCCGGAGAGGAGACAAAGGAGGUGAUUCUGGAGCCCACCAUCACAGAGUACAAGUUGACUGGGCUUUUGCCCAUGUCCCGCUAUUUUGUUGUGGUGCAAGGCGAGAGAGAUGGACACUAUACAUCUGUUGUUACCACAGAAUUCAUCACAGGAAAACUGCGCUUCCCGUUCCCUACCGAGUGCUCUCAGGAGCUGCUGAAUGGAGCUCUGCACUCAGGAGAGUUGGACAUCUACCCUCAAGGACAAGAGGGGCGAGCAGUUAGAGUCUACUGUGACAUGGAGACUGAUGGAGGCGGCUGGACAGUGUUCCAGAGGAGGAUGAAUGGAAAAACAGAUUUUUUCAGAACAUGGAGUGAAUACAAAGCUGGCUUUGGAAACCUGAGUGAAGAAUUCUGGCUUGGAAAUGAGCUCCUGCACAACCUGACUAAUGUUGGCCCUGUGAGUCUGAGAGUGGAUAUGCGAUCUGGAAACCAUACCGUCUACGCUCACUACACGAACUUCUCUGUCGAUUCAGAGACGAGGCACUAUAUGCUCACCGUGUCUGGCUACACCGGAACAGCAGGUGACUCUAUGAGGUACCAUAACGGUCGUCCAUUCUCAACCCGAGACAAGAACCCUGAUCCCAUGGGGAUCCACUGUGCCAAGGCCUACAUGGGAGGCUGGUGGUAUAAAAACUGUUACAAGGUCAACCUCAAUGGUCUUUAUGGCAUCAACAGUAACAAUCAGGGAAUAGUCUGGAUAGACUGGAAAGGUAAAGACUCCUCCAUUCCCUUUACUGAGAUGAAGUUCAGACCCUCCAGGUUCUCCCCUGCAACUCAUGGUUAA